UGGCAAUUUACCCGUCUCUGAACUCGCUUUCAUCGCCAAUGCACUCACUAGCCGUGCACCAUCCACGGACUUCUGGUAUAAAUACGCGCGCAUAUGCGAGGUGGCCAUCAAAGGCACCAGUCAGGGCUCAUCAUCUACGAGUGGUAAGUUGACUUCACAUACGGAGGCAUCGCAGAGGCCGCAGGUGGAUUCUCGUAAUUUGGGAUUACUAGCGAACGCUUUUGCGAGAGUCGAUGUGAAGGACCAGGCACUCUUCGACACGAUUUCCGAUGCACUGACAGGGCAUGACGCAUCAUCAAUCGGUCUUCCUGAUGGCGCAAUAGUUGCAGCACCUGAGGUCGGCAACACCGCGGCACCUGCAAGAGCGUUUUCGGCAACGCUCGCUUCUUCGGUCGAUUCGCAGAAGCCACCGUCUUCGAAUUGGAAGGAUCUCGCACUGUCCUUAGCCGCAGGAUGCCGUGGUUCGUCGACCGAAAUGAACGAUGCAGUCCGUCUUCAGGUUCUGUCCGGGGGCAAUUCGACAGAUGUGAGCAUGGCUCUAGCUUCAGCGGACCGCG